CAUUCAAGUCUCAACAAUUUUGUCGUCGUUUUGUCGUGUCUCGAUCACCAGAACACACUCAUCACUCGUGCGGCCUUUGACUCGCCCUGCAAGACACUAUACUAGCCCCUAUCAGCUCAGAAUGGGUGUCGUCGGCAAACGAAAACGUGGCGAUAACUCCGAUGAGGACGACUGCGUGUACGACCGUUUCCUCUACCCAACAGACAGCGUCGCCGCCGCAGAGCGUGCGUAUCCCCUCCCUCCCCCACCGAGCACGCUGGUCGGGCCCUCUACCUCCUUCACUGCUGUGAGGUCAUUGGGUUAUCAUGCCAUGGCCAUGGAGGGAGAUGCAGGUCCUAGCACUCCAAGGAAGAGAGCGAAGAAGGACCCGGAGUCGCCGCUGCAGGAGAAGAGGCUGGCAAGGUGGAAGAACAGUUGCCCUCUAAAGAUCCAGGAGAGGGUGGAGAGGGUGAUGACCCAGAGGUUCUAUCUUGUUGAUAGGGACAGGGAGGGCGACGAGCUCAAGGAGACGUUCAAGGUGCUUGGUUCGACAGGCAACAUAUAUACUGUCAUGAUCGACAAGAUGCCCUCCUGUAACUGCCCAGAUGCACUCAAGGGCAACCACUGCAAGCAUAUCCUAUUCGUAUUCCUCAAAGUCCUGAACGUCUCUUCCGAGUCGUCGUACUACUACCAAAAAGCGCUCCUCUCCACCGAGCUCGCGGAGAUAUUCAACGCCGCGCCCUCGGCUCCAACCGUCAUAGCCGCAGAACGUAUCCGGCAAGCGUUCAUACACGCUUCCUGUCCCAGCACGUCCGCCGCUCCCGCCGCCGCGGCAAAACGGCUUCCGCAGGAGGGGAACGACUGCCCAAUUUGCUACGAGUCUAUGCCCCCUGGCGAGGAGGAGGGACUGGUCUUCUGCCCAGCAUGCGGGAAUGGGCUGCAUAGGGGGUGCUUCGAGCAGUGGGGGAAGACGCCCAAUGGGCGCACCUGUGUUAUUUGCCGGGCAGAGUGGAGAGGAGAGCGGGAUACUGUGCCUGGAGCUGAUGUGCUAUACGACGGGAGGAGAAUCAACGACGAAGGCUACAUUAACAUUGCCGGUCCUGCGGGGAUCAGUCCUGUGAGGGAUACGAGCAGCUACUACAAUGGGCCGGCGAGACGUGGAUCAAGAAGGGCCUACUCGCCUGAGUUGUAUGAUGACUACUGA